AUGGGAGAAGAAGUUGGUGAAAGCAGCAAGGUGAUGACGAGUAUAGUUCAAGUUGCACUUCAUAAUACAAAGAUUAGUGUUGUGAAGUAUGACGGUAAAAUCAACUUUGGUUUGUGGAUGAGUAAUGUGCAAGAUGCACUGAAUGCUCAAAAAUUGGAAGAGACCAUCAUGGUCCAUGAGAGCUCAUCGAAGUAUGAUGAGGUGAUAUGGGACAAGAUGAAUCAGAACGCUUGUGGGGGUUUAACAUCUCUGAGUUCACCUUGGACUGCAGCCAUGAGUGAAAAUAGGGGCGUCACAGAUAGAGCUUUGGAGACAAAGAGAUUCAAUGUGACUUUUGAGAAUGCUGUAGCAAAAUUUACUAAGGGAUCUUUAGUAGUGAUGAAUGGAGUCCGCAGUAGGAAUCUUUAUUAUCUGAAGGAGAACACCGAGAUUGACCAGUAUGGUUUGGAAUUGGAUCAAUUGAAUGUGAAAACAACAUUUCUUUAUGGCGAUCUUGAUGAGAAAAUCUAUAUGACUCAGUCAUUGGGGUUUCGGGCUGUAGGGAAGGAGAAAUUGGUUUGUAUGCUAAAGAAAUCACUAUACGGAUUGAAGCAAUCUCCGCGACAGUGGUAUAAGCAAUUUGAUGGGUUUAUGCUUGGUCAUUCAUUCGUGAUAGAUAGAUUAAAGAUUCAGCUUUCGAGUGAGUUUGAGACUAAGGAUUUGGGAGAAGCGAUGCACAUUUUAGGGAUGGAGAUCGGCAAAGAUAGAGAUAAUGACAUAAUUUGUUUGACACAAGUGGCUUAUUUGAAGAAGGUCCUACAACGGUUUAAUGUGAGUAUGGAGAUGAAGAUAGUUAGUGUACCUUUGGGAGUCCAUUUGAAGUUUUAA